AGUCUCUCAUCAUAUAUCCAUCAUAAAUGGCGAAUGCAUAUUAAAAGAAAAUUGAGCUUAUUAGAGGUUUCCAGUGAUGACUAUCUUUCCUUCUACAUCCAUAAGCAAUAUUUUAUCCAUGGCUACUUCUCUUUCUCCCCUACUCCAAAUAUUAUUCCUUUUUCUAAUACCCUUUAUCUCAAUAUAUGUGUGCCUUUACAAACAGAGGAUACUAAAGCUUCCUCCUGGUCCUAUGAGGUUACCAAUCAUUGGAAACCUCCACCAGUUGCUAGGCAACACGUUUCCCCAUCAAACAUUCGGGCGACUUUCUCACCGAUAUGGACCAAUCAUGUUUUUGAAACUCGGGAGCAUACCAACUCUGGUGGUCUCGUCUGCUGAAGUGGCUAAAGAAAUCUUCAAAAGUCAUGAUAUUAUCUUCUCGGGAAGACCGGUCUUGUACGCCGUAAAAACACUCGGCUACAACGGCUCUACUGUCUCAUUCGCUCCUUAUGGCGAUUACUGGCGAGAGAUGAGAAAGAUUGUAAUCUUAGAACUUCUUGGUCAAAAGAGAGUUCGGGCUUUUCAGGCUGUGAGGGAAGAAGAGGUUAGAACUUUAAUUGAUACUAUAACCAGUACACCUACUUUUUUAAAUUCUGGUAUCGUUAAUCUCAGCCAACUCACGCUUACUUUGGCGAAUAGCGUUGUUUGUAGAGUUGCUUUUGGAAAGAAGUACAAUGGUUCUAAUGAUCAUCGUGAAGAUGGAAAGGGUGGACUUAGUGAGUUACUUCAUGAAACACAGAAUCUACUUGGUAGUUUUUGCGUGGCUGACUUUUAUCCACGGUGGUUGACUUGGGUUAACAAGUUCAAUGGUCUUGAACGAAGGGUUAACAAGUGUUUUAGAGACUUGGAUAAUUUUUAUGAUAAAGUAAUUGAAGAGCAUCAUCAUUUUGAUCCUGGUAAUACCAAACACGAAGAUGUUGUUGAUGUUUUACUUCAACUUCAGAAUGAUCCAAACCAAGCCUUAAAGAUCAACAAUGACCAAAUCAAGGGUGUUAUAACUGACCUAUUCAUUGCUGGGACUGAUACAACAUCAGCAGCACUAGUAUGGAUAAUGGCAGAACUGAUUAUGAAUCCAGAAGCCAUGAAAAGAGCACAAGAAGAGCUCAGAGAAGUGACCAAGAGAAAAGGGUUUGUAGAGGAAAGCCAACUUUCAAAACUAAACUACAUAAAAUUAGUCAUCAAAGAAGGAUUCAGGCUCCACCCACCAGUACCACUACUAGUUCCAAGAGAAACGACAGAGUCAUGCAGAAUGAAAGGGUACGACAUUCCAUCAGGAACAAGGGUGUUUAUCAACACAAGUGAGAUUGGGAGGGACUCGAAGUACUGGGAGAAGCCUAACGAGUUCAGGCCUGAGAGGUUCAUGGAGAGCUCAGUUGACUAUAGAGGAAAACACUUUGAGUUGUUGCCAUUUGGUGUUGGAAGGAGAGGGUGUCCUGGGAUUAACUUUGCUACGGUGUUGAUUGAGCUUGCACUUGCUAAUCUGUUGUGUCGUUUUGAUUGGGAGCUUCCUAAUGGAAUGAAAAGAGAGGAUAUGGAUAUGGAAGAAGCAUUUGGGUUAACUAUGAAUAAGAAAAUUCCUCUGUGCCUAGUUGCUAAGGUGGUUGAUCUUUGAGUUGUGAACUUGUGAAAAUAACUAUUUAAUGUCUACAUCUUCGCGAGACUGUGAUCUUGGCUUAAUUUCCUUGUCUAGAACACUGCAAGUUGUUUUUGUCUCGUCAAUUUCAGAUCAAGUUUAUACGAUUUAACUUCCAAGACAUUGUGUAUUGAUAUGUCACAUUUGUGAUGUGUACCUGUGGUCGUGUUAUAUAGUAAUUAGGUGCCCAUUCAAAUAAUAUUAUACUUAGAUUUUAUAACAUCUGUUAUAGAGGCUACAGCUCAUAUCAGUGUACCAAGCUCAGGCUUAUUUUGAUAUCUCUAAUUGAGACUAAUUGCAUCUAUUUAUAUACUAAUUAUUGGUUGUUUCUGCAGUA